UCUUAGAUUGUUAGGUUCUCGAAUCAAAUUGUAUGGCUGGACUAAAUCUGACAACUAUUCUAGCAUGUGUGACGACGCCUUCGAAGUUAAGCAACUAGCCUAUGGCGACAUGAUUUCUAAAAUUGAAGUACUAAAUUAACAAAAUGCGUAUAAUCAAGGGAUUUGUAUUUGUUACAAGCCUCAUUGAAACCUUUUUAUAUUUAAGGGCAUGGUUGAUUCUUAGUUUUGGAACCAAAUUGAAAGAAAGGUGGGUAAAUUGAAACUAACACUUGAAAUAAGGAGUCACGUCGAAUUUCCACGCAGCGAGGUCGUGGUCACAGAAAACAAGACAGUUAAUCUGCUAAGUAUUUGCCUGCGGCCAAGCUGGUUUUCAAUUUUUCCAAUGGAAGGCAAGAGGGAAAUAGAUGGAGCAAAAGAGAAACCUGCUUGUACGAGUUUUUCUUUGCAUUGGAGCCAGUGGCAACUGAUCGAUUCGAUUCUUCCUACUGGUGGGUUUGCUCAUUCGUUUGGUAUUGAGGCAGCUAUUCAAGCACGUGUGAUUUUGAAUGCAGAAGACUUCCAAACUUAUGUAAUUCAUGUUUUGGAGAACACGGGAAGCUUGCUUCUUCCUUAUGUGUACUCCGCAGCAAUGUGUCCGGAUUUGGAUAAUUGGCGGAAACUUGAUAGAAUGCUUGAUGCUACUUUAACUAAUGAAGUAAGUCGAAAGGCGUCUGUUUCACAAGGAUCGGCGCUAAUGAGAGUGGCUGCGGCUGUGUUUACAGAAAUUCCAUCUCUUAAAAUUAUGAGAGAGACGUCUCUUGGUUCUGGGAUUGUUGCUUUUCACCAUGCUCCUGUCUUUGGGAUUGUUUGUGGGCUUCUUGGCAUGGAUAGUGAAACUUCUCAGAGGGCUUACAUGUUUAUCACAUUGAGAGAUGCUUUUUCAGCUGCAACAAGGCUGAAUUUGGUGGGACCUCUUGGCGCUGCUGUAUUGCAGCAUCAGGUGUCUAUUGCUGCAGAAACUAUGCUAAAAAGGUGGAUGAACCGUGAGGUUGAGGAUGCAUGUCAGACAUCUCCUUUGCUUGAUACUUUACAGGGAUGCCAUGGCUAUUUAUUUUCAAGAUUAUUCUGCUCUUGAUGUCCUAUGUAAAUGUUCAAUUCCCACACAAAAUGAAAUUCUGAUUCGAUUGUGCCUUUUCUCAUGCUAUGAGGCUUUAGCAAUCAGUCAAUGUCAGGAGGAUAGGCAAUGGUGGUUGAGUCUUUAUAACAAUGUGUAACUGUCAGGGUACAAACAAAUUACUGCAGAAUCAUCUUGUGCUGCAAUCAUGCUCCUCCAUGGUUUUGCUGUUUUCAUUACAUUCCACUCCACUACGCAGCAUAUAUUGUUAACGUGUAGAAAAUUAAAAACUGCCAUACAGCUUUUGAGACUUACCUACUGAGUAGACAGAACAUGCGUUCUUUAAUUUAUUUCUCCACCCUGCCAUGUGCUGAGGUUUGCUUUGUUCAAUUAUUAUCUCCAGUUAGGGCGUCAAGGAGAAGAAUACCUUUGGAUAAUUUUUCACUUGUACAUUCAUUAUUCAAUGAUAAAGCUUGUUAUUGUUCAUAUUA